AUGGCCCGCUCACAAGCCCAGGACGUCAUUCGAUGUCAAUACUGCGAGGACGAUCCCGCUGUCUUCCACUGUGUUCCGUGUGGAGAUGAACUCUGUCCUCGAUGUAAAAUCUUCCAUCUUAAAAGUAAAGUUCCCUCUGGGCACAACAUCAUCCGUCUGUCUGAGAGACUUCAUCCAACCAAUCAGAUCAAAAUGUGUGACAUACACCCAACUAAAGCGUACGAAGCUUGUUGUAAAGAUUGCCAAGUCCCAGUGUGUAUUACAUGCAUUCAGGAAGUACACAGCGAACACGCCAUCGGGAAGAUACAAGAACUUUUCGAGAAACAAAAGGCUGAAACUGAAGGCGAAUUAUCUAAAAUGAAAGGCCAAUUCAAGUCAGAGAUCAUUCAAAGAAUAAAAGAUUUCAAAAAGGGAGAACAUGAAAUAAAGAGAGGCCAUGAGAACGUACGAGAGAAAAUGAAGAAACAAGCUCAGGAUCUGAUAGAUCAUAUCAGAGUCAUUUUGAAAGAAGCCUUGGAGGAAUCUGAAAAGGAUGAGAGAAAAAAUAGCGAGGAAAUAUCCCAAAAUACAGCGGAGGCUGAGAGAUUUGAACAAAACUUGGAUCAACUGAUAGAGAAGUUUGAAACUCUCACAGAGUCAAGUCAUCCCGUCGACCUUAUAUUGUACCGAAAACACAAUCCUGACAAAUUUAACCAACUGAAACUUCCAGACAAACUUGACAUUGUUAUGCCUUCUUUUACAGUUGGUCAGAUCAACAAAUCUCAAAAUGAGCAUCAAUUUGGUAAGUUCACGACAGGAAAGGUUAACAAUGUUAAAUCUCUUGAUGAAAAAACACAACCUAUAUUGCGAUCUUUGUCUGCAAGGAGGAAAACACCAAGCAAAAAAGUACUGGAACAUUCACUAAAAAUAAGCGAGACGAAAACCUCAAAGAAAGAGUUAUAUCACGUGAGUUGUCGUGAUGACAGAUCAGCGUAUAUCAGUGGUGAUGGUCCUGGCAUACUACUGAUAGACAGGUCAGGGACAGAGCUUGAUAACAUCAGUACUGAGAAAGUAUCUGGUCUGGCUGUGAUGAAGGACGGAAGUCUGAUUUAUUCUGACCACUACAAUAAAGUUAUCUACAGAGUGUCACUCAGUAAACAAAGAACAAAACUUAUAAAAAUCGAGUAUAGUCCCGAAGGACUGUGUUGUACCAGGUCAGGUGAUAUCCUGGUCUGUAUGGGUAUAUCAAAUAAAGCAAGAGUGGUCAGGUACAGCAGCAGUGGGAGGAAGAUUCAGAAAUUUGAGACAGAUCAGAACGGAAAGAGACUUUUUUUUGAUCCACGGUUUGUCUGUGAGAAUAUCAAUGACGAUAUCUGUGUUUCUGAUUGGAAUAUGAGCAAUAAAGUGGUCGUACUAAACAAGUCUGGACAACCUCGAUUUAACUAUGACGGGAGAGUACGGUCAAGUGCGAUAAAAGGUGAGAUCAUGACGCGUGGUGUAGUCACUGAUAGUCUUGGUCACAUCCUCAUAGCAUUUUUCAACAAUAACGCUGUACACCUGAUCAGCCAGGACGGGGACUUCCUCUCUUUAAUACUGACAGAGGAUGACGGGAUAUCACGACUAUACGGGAUCUCUGUGGACACGCACGACAACUUGUGGUUGGUAGAACAAGAAAAUGCCUGUGUCAAAGUAUAUCAGUAUCUGUCAUAA